AUGAAGAGCGAUUCCAAUGGCUCUGUCUCUCCUUAUUCUCCCAAACCCAGAACCCGUAUCGUCAAUUCUCGGUUCAUGUCUCCAAACUCGACCGCUUCGCCUGAACCUGGUUCAGGCUCCCCGCUCGGCCGGUUCAACCGAUUGGCGAGGAAAGACUCUACCACUCUCGCGGAUCACAUUGACAACGAGAGGCUCAAAGAAAGAGAAGAACGCCACCAGCAGAAUAAGAAAUCCGCAAACAAAACAGUCUCUGUUUUUUCUGCUCUCACGAAACAGAGAAGCUGCAGGGAGUUCAGAAACAACAGCAAUUGCUUAGAAGAAAACGAUCAAGAUCGAGACGUGGUUGGUAGGACAACAGCAAUUUCUCCAUCUCUUUCUCCCCUGGUGAAGAAACCAAGUUCUUAUUUUGAUCCAGCGAGACACUCUCUAGAUGAGAACACCUUUAAAAGGAGCUUUCUUUGUGCUAAGAACUCAAUUGAUUCGGAAUCGGAAAAUAUGAGUUUGAAUUCUGUUCCUCUGGAAAGAACACCGAGUUCAAGGAAAUUGGGUAGGGAGGUUUCUUCUAAGUACAUGACAGCGUGUGGCAGAAGAGGAGAAGCUUCUGAUUCAGACCCUUUGUCUUUUGAUGAUUCAUGGAUGAUGAAGAAGAAUAUGACCGAGAAAGCGGUGAAGAAGGCUAACUCGUUUAUCGGGUACAUGAGUUCCAAAUCUCAGUGGGCAUUGUCUCCAGGGAGAUCAGGAUCACCACCUUUGUCUUUCGAAAGCAAGGAUAAUAAGGAUAAGCCAUUGUCGUUUUCGAACUUGAAGCCUCCACACAAGCGAGUGGAGAAGAUUCUGAGCAUGGGUUUUGAUCUCUUCAGGACUAAGAAAUCGCAUUCUACGAGUGAGGUGGUUCAUCAGUUUCGUCUGCUUUAUAACCGGUUGAUUCAAUGGCGGUUCGCAAAUGCUAGAGCUUACACUGUGAAUCACUCCAUGUCUCUUCAGGCUCAGAGCAAUUUGAUAAAUGUUUGGGAUGGUUUGACGAAGUUGCGACAUUCGGUGAUGCAAAAGAAGAUACAGGUUGAGAGAGAAAAACUCAAGAUGAAGCUAAAUUUUGUAUUGCAUUCUCAGAUGAAGUUGUUGGAAACAUGGGGAUGCAUGGAGAGACAACAUUUAGCAGCAAUUACCACAAUGAGAGAGUGUUUGCAUUAUGUUAUCUGCAAAGUUCCUCUAUUGGAUGGGGCAAAGGUGGAUAUAUCAUUAGUAUCUAUUGGUGAGCGUUAUGCAUCUGAUCUAACAGAUUCCAUCGUGGCAGUGUUAUCUAAUUUUUUACCUUUGGCUUAUAAAACAUCUGAGUUGAUAUCAAAGUUAGCCAGAAUUGUCGCGGAAGAGAAGUUGCUCUUACAAGAAUUUAAUGAUGUCUUCCAUGACAUAUGUGUUCUUGAGCUUAAAGAAAGGAGCCUAGUCUGCAGUCUCAUUCAACUUGAAUGUUGAAAAGGAAUAUAUGAA